AUGACCCAGAAUUCAUCCUCUUCGUCGCUGCAGAAUAUGCGGUCUUGGACUCGAAUGUUUGAAGAAGCCAAGAACCCUACGCAAUCGUCUUCGGGGCGUUCUUCCUUAAAACAUCCCUUCCAAACUGCUAAGGAGUCCCAGUUCCCUUCGGAACCAUCAAAGCCUCAUUUCUUUGAUCGUUUAGAGCAGCUCCACGGCAGCACUCAAGGGCAGGCUGUUUUAUCCUUACGGGCCUCAGCUGAGAUGUCUUCUAAAUUCAAAAACGAAGAGAAGGAGGUUGACGAGAGCGAUCGACAACAAAGAGAGUGGUGUCAUUCACGGCCAGUCUCAUUGUUGACACGCAUGAGAUCUUUUCUGUUCUCCAUGUCUCAAAGACUUCAGAAAAAUGACGAUGAAGUAUCUCAUGGUAUCGAGCAAAAUCCCAAAUUAUCUCCGAGUGGACAACAUCUGUGUUAUAGGGAUCGAGGUCCAAGGUUAUCAAAGCGUCAGAGGCGCACACCAAUUGGGAAUCUUCCUGAAAGUAAAUGUUUGAGUUGUACUGACAAUACAAAGAUUUAUCCUGAAGUUUUAGAAAGUAAUGGCUAUCAUGAGGAUAGCAUAGGAAAAAUAGACAAGUACAACAGUCAUUCAGUCUCAGCUCAAACAGCGUCAAGUAUGAACACUCAUUCCUUUCCUUCUUCCUCUGAGGCGGUUCCAAUAAUUACAACAAAGGGAAACCCACCUAAUUAUGAGCCCCCGCUUCGACGGGGACGACGGUAUGCCUUGGCGUCUGCGGGCGCUGCGCUUAUAAGUACUAGUACCAGUCCCAGUCAAAUGAGACAAUCAUGGUCGUGGGUGACAUCUACGGACAGCGGAGUGAAGCCUAGUGAGGAUUGUACAGUUAUGGGCUCAUCCGUAGACGCAAAGGUGGAUUUACUCAAGGAGGUGGAGACGCCGUCUUUCUUGGGCAAUUCAGUGGCUUCUGGUGACCAGAAUCUCAAAGUGACUAGUAUAUUUAAAAUGGAUCAAGAUAACCCUCGCCAACAUGCGGAUCCCAAUAUUGUUUCUCACGAAAAUGAAGAGCGUAGCUUAGCACAUACAGGGAAGCUUACAGAUGUCGCGGUAAUGCGCAUGGCAGUGCACGAUAGGGGUAACAUCCCCGAACUAUCUCAGGAAAGCGUUCAUACGGCCGUUUCAGUAAAAAAUCAGCACUUCGGGCGAGGAAAUAAGGUUAUGGGAAAACGUAAGCAAGUUAACCGUAAUCUUCCUAAUGAUGAUGAUCUUCAGAAGAAGGUGAGAUGUAGUAGCAACGAACUUAUUGAUACGCAUACGCGUUAUAUUGUGUUUGACACAUCUUCUCUACUUGCGUCGGACCCCGGUGUGCUUAAUUUGCUUGUCGAGCAGUGUGUGAUAUGUAUUCCUUUCACUGUAAUAGAUGAGCUCGAUAAACUCAAUAAGGGGGUCAGUAAAACGAUGCCAUCAGCGGAAACAGAACCUAAACGCGAAUGGGUUAGACAUCGAUCUCGUGAAAUCAGAAAUUUUAUUUCGGCACAACAGAAGUCCGAACGACAGGGUGCGGCAGGAGUUGGUUUCGUAAGAAUCCAACGUCGUACGGAAGUAAUACCAGAAUACCAUGAACAAGCAAAAAAUAAUGAUGACUAUAUUUUAGAAUUUGCAGUUUAUUUGAAGGAACGAGAGAAACUGCAUCUAAUCACAUUUGUAAGUGAAGAUAAAUUUCUUUGCAUCAAAGCGAAAACUGAACUUGGUAAUAGUUGCUCGUAUGCGGAUUUGAAGCGCUCUUUGGGUUUGCGUUCUUAA